AUGCACACAUUCGUCCUUCUCUUCCUCCUUAACGCAUACUACGAGGGUACUGAGCUUACAGGAUACAAGGAAUCUGGGGUUCAUGAACCCAAUGACCUUCCUAAAGACCUAUCGUUCUUGAUUCUGAGUUUUAUUGUUGGGAGUGCAUUUUUUGCCACAGAUUAUAAACAGAGGAUUUCAGGAUGGGCAUCAGUGGAAGUUGUAUGGGACAGAAGACUUAAAACUUGCCAGACUCAAAAGAGGCCUCAAGGAACUGAGACACUACCUAAAGGUAUUGUGUCCCCAAUGUCUGACAUGGAAAUGCGAUCGUUAUGGAGCGAUGAUAAAAAGGUGCAUAAUCUCAUAUCACCAGCUACAAUUAGAGUUUCUAUUUCUUCCGAACAGACAGGAUUUUGUCCUGCACCAGAACCAUGGCUACUUAGUGCUGUUAAGCCUACACAUGCAUAA